AUGUCAAGUGACGAAUAUUUCGAAGAAGAUGAAGAACAAGGUACAUUCGAUGAAAUAACAGAAAAUAAUCCAAAUAAAGAAAAAAAGGACAAAUGUACUUGUACAAAAGAAUGUUCAACAUGUUCCUGUUCAUGUUUUAAAUUUGGUAGUGGAUGUAAUUCAUCAUGUGAAUGUAGUUCAUCAUGUGAAAAUAUGUUUAAUUAUUUGGAAUAUUUCUUUGGUGAAAAUACAAAAUAUUCUGCUCAUCCUUGUUUUGCCAAAUGGCUCGUCAAAAAAGCUAAAAAUACUGAUGAUUUAAAAACUAUUAAUCGUGGUGCAUUGUGCCAACUUAUUAUCAAAUGUUCGAAUUUUGAUGAAGUUUGUGAGAUCGAAGAAGACUUCGAAGAAUGGAUGAAACAAUUGAAAAUAAUUGAUAAUAAUCAAAAAUUAGCUCAUGCUCAAACAUUAUUUCGAAUGCUUUUAACGGAUGAUGAUACAACAGGACGUUAUUAUUCAUUUUGUCAAGAUUAUUUAGUCCAAGAAAAUUUAAAAUGGCAUUGUAUUAAAUGUCAAGACUGUAUGGAUUGGAGAGAAUGGCAUUGUGGUGUAUGUGAUAUAUGUACUUAUGGUGUUAGCUUACCAUGUGAAGGAUGUAGAGGAAAAAGUGAAAUAUCUGCUACUAUUUGA